CGGCACAACCAUAUCCAUGACUUUGCAGCAGGUAUAAUUAUAGCAGCAUUGGGCUGGUUUUUCUUUUCUGUCUGUGGUCGUCCUUGUGUGCUUUGAGCCUUCUCGCCUCCACAAGACACCGCAGAAAGGGCGACAUUUAGUUAGAGGUGGAGUUUCCGUACGAUGAUGGUCGUUCUCGCCGUUUGAGCCAGCCACCGCAUCCUCGUCUGCGCAUGUUCCUCGCCUCUUCACAUUACCACUUGAAGGUACCUACACAGCCCGGUGUGACAACAAGUAUCGUCAGAGCCCUCGAACCUUUUCUGAUCUGCCAAACCUGACCGGAGAAAGCGGUGAGCCAGGCAACACACCACGCGGGGCAGGGACGGUAUCAAACAAACAGAAAAAAGAGGGACAUACUACGAGACCGGUCUUUCAUUCCCAUCUCCCCAGAGAGCAAAGUCGUGGAAUCCUCAGAUAUGGCGGCCAAAAAACUGAAGAUCAACCCACCACUGCUCAAUUCCGCCUGUCCUUGGGCCACCACCCUCGAGGACAUUAAAGCCCUCUAUGACACUCCCUACACAGGCGCGGUGACGAUUCGAACCUCUUUACUGGAGGGGUUCACCCACGACGACUCUGUCCACCAAUACAUCUUCUUCACGCCCGGCAAGACCAUCCCCGGCGACGCCCCGAAAGGUGAGGCCUCGAAGCCUUCUUCGUCGAACUCAUCAGAACCAGUAUCAACCCUCAACACGCUGGGCUACUCCCCGCUCACUCUCUCUGAAUACCUGGGCAUUAUCAAUGAGAUCGUCGGUCAGCGCCACUUGGGCACCGACACGCCGACCAAGAAACCAUUCAUUCUGUCCGUCACGGGAACACCGGACGAGAUUGCCAUGGCCUACGCUCUCAUCGCCAACGCCGCCGAAAUGGACGAAGAUCUCCGUCUAGCCAUGGAGGUCAAUCUCUCGUGCCCCAAUAUCGCGUCCGCCCCUCCACCAGCAUACGACAAGAAACAAUUAGAUGAGUACCUUGAGGCGAUAAGCGAUUCCAAAUCCACGUACCGGGGACGCAUGGCGACCCCUGAUUCGGUACCUAAAGUCGGUAUAAAGCUUCCACCCUACACCUACACCGGUCAGUUCGAAAUGGCCGUGGACUCUCUUCGCAAUGCGAAAUCCUCUGAGCCUGGAGAAGGUUCCGUGGUUGACUUCAUCACAUGCACCAACACACUGGGCAAUAGCCUUCUGCUCAACUCGAACCUCGACCCAGCGCUAAGCAACGAGUCUGGCAGCGGGCUGGGCGGUCUGGCGGGAGCAGCACUUCACCCCCUCGCAUUGGGCAAUGUCGCCACGUUCCGAAAACUGCUCGACCAAGAUCCUUCAACCAAAGAGAUCAUGAUCAUUGGUGUCGGAGGCGUGGAAGACAAGGACGGCGCGGAGAGGAUGCGGAAGGUCGGAGCAGAGGCUGUCGCAUGCGCGUCGGCGCUGGGCCGAUAUGGAGUCGGUGUUUUCGAGCGCAUCACCAAGGGCGCAUGAGUUCUGAUACUCCCGAUCACAUACGCACGCGGUAACAGGAAAAGAGGACCUAGCAGAGAGACAGUCACGAUUGAUUGCAUGCAUCACAUUGGCAUGGGAUUGCGGCGACCUCUGCCCCAGCCGCCCCCUUCAUGAGACAGGCGUGACACCCGCAAGAUGAGCUAGGGUCGCAGAAACUUCUGCUCGGUAGGGUCUCAGCUGGCAGACAUUGUUACCUUGGUCUCGUAGAUAGUAUGUAUAGAGGUCCGCCUGUUUGGGGGAGUCUUCACUUACAUUCUAGAAGAGGUGGGAUGGAUAAGGAGACAUUGCGCACUGGCGCCAUUCACAAUGGUCGCAGCAUACUUUAGAAACGCCCAGAGAUACGAUUCAACGAUCCGACACGAGAAAAUCAACAUAGAAAAACUUUUUGUAUUCAUACUACGCUCAAUAGGCACUCUGAC